AUUUUCUUAAUUCUUCAACUACUCUCUCUCUCUCUCUCUUCAGUUUUUUUAUCCAACAAAAGCAAAACACACACACACACACACACAAUCAAUAAUCCAUUGAUUGUUUUGGUUGAUUGAUUGAUUGGAAAUUAAGAGAUAGAGGAAGAAAUGGGAGGGGAUUACACAGUGAAAGUUGAGGAAGCAAGAGAAGCUGGUGAAGGGAAGCCAUCGGCAGGGCCUGUGUUUCGCUCCAUUUUUGCCAAACAUGGCCUUAUGGAGAUUCCUCCCCAAAUGGAAUCUCCAUGGGAGUUCUUCAGUGAGUCUGUGAAGAAGAACCCAAGUAACAGUUUGCUGGGUCGCCGUCAGAUCAAGGAUGGAAAGGCCGGCGGAUACAGUUGGCUAACUUACCAGGAAGCCUAUGAUGCAGCACUCAGGAUCGGCUCCGCCAUACGCCGCCGUGGCGUCAAUCCCGGCGAUAAAUGUGGCAUAUAUGGAGCCAAUUGCCCCGAAUGGAUCAUAGCAAUGGAGGCGUGUAAUAGUCAAGCUAUUACAUAUGUACCCCUCUAUGAUACACUUGGUGCAAAUGCAGUAGAGUUCAUUAUCAACCAUGCUGAAGUUUCCAUUGCUUUUGUCCAAGAAAACAAGCUACCGCCCAUACUAACAUGUCUCUCCAAGUGCGCAUCAAUCGUAAAAACUAUUGUUAGUUUUGGAAAGAUUUCCGAUAAGCAAAAGGAGACAGCUGAAGAGCUAGGUGUAGCUUUUUUCUCCUGGGACGAGUUUCUUUUAUCGGGAGAUUUAGAUGAAGAUCUUCCUCCGAAGAAGAAGACAGACACGUGCACGAUAAUGUACACGAGUGGCACAACGGGAGAGCCGAAAGGAGUCAUUCUAAGUAAUGCUGCUUUCAUGACAGAAGUCUUGUCUAUGGAUCAACUUCUUCUUGAGACAGACAAAGUGUGUACAGAAGAGGAUGUGUACUUUUCGUUCCUUCCAUUGGCGCACAUAUUUGAUCAAAUUAUCGAGACCUAUUGCAUUUACCGUGGCUCUUCAAUUGGAUUCUGGCAAGGGGACAUUAGAUUUUUGGUCGAGGAUCUUGUUGUGUUGAAGCCGACUAUAUUCUGUGGGGUUCCGAGAGUUUAUGAUCGAAUAUGCACAGGUAUAAUGGAUAGAAUUUCGGCUGGUGGUUUGAUCAAGAAGUCACUAUUCCAUAUUGCAUACAACUAUAAAUUAAGGAAUCUCGAGAAAGGACUCAAGCAAGACGAAGCAUCUCCACUUAUGGACAAACUAGUCUUCGAUAAGAUUAAACAAGCGUUUGGUGGUCGUGUUCGUCUUAUGUUAUCCGGAGCUGCACCUCUGCCUAAGCACAUUGAGGAGUUUCUCCGAGUCACGUGCUGCUGCGUUUUAUCACAAGGCUACGGGCUUACAGAAAGUUGUGCUGGAUGUUUCACUUCGGUAGCGAAUGUUUACCCGAUGAUUGGUUCGGUUGGUAUUCCUAUGACAGCAAUCGAAGCGAGGCUAGAAUCUGUGCCUGAAAUGGGGUACGAUGCAGUUUCUGCAGUUCCAAGAGGAGAGAUUUGUCUACGUGGCAACACGUUAUUCUCUGGCUAUCAUAAAAGAAAGGAUCUUACCGAAGAAGUCAUUGUGGAUGGAUGGUUCCACACCGGUAAUAAAAAUAAAAUAAAGAUUCGCAAGAAUAUUCUUACAGCAUUAAUGUGUAAUGAAACAUUUUUUGUAGGUGAUAUCGGGGAGUGGCAGCCAAACGGGGCGAUGAAAAUUAUCGAUAGGAAGAAGAAUAUAUUCAAGCUUUCUCAAGGUGAAUAUGUUGCUGUGGAAUGUUUAGAAAGCACUUACUCGCGAUGCCCUCUUAUUGCAGCGAUUUGGGUGUAUGGGAACAGUUUCGAGUCGUUUUUGGUGGCGGUGGCGGUGCCGGAGAAAAAAGCACUCGAAGAUUGGGCGGCAAAUAACCAAGAGAAAGGAGAUUUUCAGUCAUUGUGCAGCAACUCAAAAGCCAGAAAAUACAUUCUAGAUGAACUUAACACCACUGCCAAAACCCACAAUCUUCGCGGGUUUGAAAUGUUGAGAGCGGUUCACUUGGAGCCGAUUCCGUUCGACAUAGAUCGAGAUUUAAUUACUCCUACGUUUAAACUUAAGAGGCCACAGUUGCUCAAGCAUUACAAGGAUCGCGUUGAUGAGAUGUACACUGAAGCCAAAGGAACAAAACCAUGAAACAACCUCAAAAUAUUCGAGGAAUAAGUGAUGUAAAACUCCCUGCGGCUAUUUUCGUAUGUAUAUGUUGAUAUAUAAGAUAUAAGCUUUAUGAACUCAUUGCAAUAAGUGCAAAAACUCCGGGUUUUCUUUUUACGAAUAAUGUACGACUUUUGCACUUUCUUACAUGGUUUCUUCUAUGCUA